AUGGCUUUGAUUGGGUUGUUGGCCACACGGAAGGCGACAGAGAACCUCGACUUAAUACAAAUAACUGGCGUCGUAAAAUACAUGAUUGUGUGUAACUUCUUGCUGUCAUUGCUGUGCAGCGUUCUUGCAGCCGUUUCCAGCUUUUACUCCUUUCUGGUCGUGGAACAAUGCUCUCAUAUCAACUCCAAGUACUACGAGCUGUGUUUGCCUAACAGUCGGACCAAUAUCGGCCUUUCAGUUGUUGACGGAGUCGUAUGUCUUUUCCUGUUCAUGCUAUCCGUGCUCGGGAUCUCACAUUUCAGUCAAUACGGGUCCAAACUCUGCUUCAACACUGACGAAGAGGUGCCAGUCCGCAAGGUGGUGCCGCUAGCCCUUGUGCUUCCGGGACAAUCAUAUGGCCAGGGUUAAAUACAAUGAUUCCGCCUACGGUUGUGAUGUAAACAUUUUUUGUGGGCAGUCGA